AUGAAGUACGCCAUGGUCUUCGCGGCUUUCGCCACCUCUGCCCUCGCCUCGCCCGCAUGGGCUCCUCCGGCCUACGGCAACGACAACGGCAGCUGGGGUACCUCGACCGUUGAGAUCACCAAGGAGGUGACCGUCACCAGCUGCGCUGCCACCGUCACCGACUGCCCGGCCGGCUCGCCAACCCCAUCGGGUGUGCCAGCAUCCUACCCUGCGGCGGCUUCUUCCUCUGCCGGUGCGAUUGGUGGCUCGUCCGCUCCUGGCGGUUACGCGUCUGCUUCUGCCCCGGCUGGCAGCGCCCCAGUUCCUUCCGGCUACCCAGUUCCAUCAGGCUCUGCCUCUGGCUCGUGGGGCGCACCGGCUCCCUCUGCCCCAGCGAGCGGCUACCCGAGCGGUUACCCAGCGCCUUCCGGCAGCUCUGCCGCCGCUGUCUCCAGCGGUGCUCCAGGCUACCCAUCCGCCUCACCAGCGGCUCCUUCCAGCCCAGCCUCCGCUCCCCCAGCACCUUACCCAAGCGGCCCAGCCUCGGCCCCAUCUGCACCUUACGGAACCGGUGUGUCCAGCGGCGUCAUGCCCACUGGCACCGGUGCUGCCUACCCGUCGGCCUCCGCGUGGGUCCCAGCGACCGGCGCCGGUGCGACCGUCCAGACCGGUGGCAUCCUCGCCGCCGCCGGUGCUCUCUUCGCGCUCUUCUUGUAA